UAUAACAACGAACAGAGCUAAAUAUAAACAAAUUAAUUAGAAUUUGAUGUGACCAUCGAAAAGUUGAAAGUGUAGAAAGAUAUAAUGUGGAUAGCUGAAAUUUAAACAUAAUAAUUAAAAUGCGCAAUUUCGUUUCAAAGUUAACACUUCUCUCGCUGUGUAUUUAUUACGCAUCUUCAAAUAAUGUUCUUGCAUUUCAGCAAAACAGGACGGUUCAUCAUAUUCGACGAUCAAGUUAUGAUGUUUUCUACAAACCCCAGAAGUUGGGUACUUACCGGUCAUUUCAACCAGUAGCACCACACAAACCCACAUACAUCAAAGCAGACGAUCGCAACGACUAUGAUGUGAACGCUUACGAUUCUGAAUACGGAGUCGUGGUUUCAAAUUUUACUUCCUCGAUAUAUGAUGACAAUCCUCCGCUUUAUCCCAAUCCUGAUGCGUUUUCUAAAACUGGCCAAGGGUCGCCGAGUAAACUCUCAGAUAAUAAGCAGAUAAUAGAGCCAGAUGUGGACCUUCCUGAUGAUUCAUUGGCAGACUCGGAUCUCAGAGAGCAUAACAUUAUAGACAGUGUUACUUAUGUUUACGGAUUCAACAAUUGCCACGGCGUUCGCGACGAAUGGAUGGUUCUGAUUUAUGUUACAAGUGGUCUUGCGGUACUAUUUCCAAUAGCUUCCAUCGUGUGGUUAAUGUGGAGUGAGUGUGCAUCAGAGUUUCGACGGAGCAGCAAACUAUACCCAAUUAAUAUUAACCUGUGUUGCUGUUUGGCUGCAUGCACUCUUAUUUAUAUCCAGGCAGUGGUGGGUACAUCAUCUCCUUCCCAAUGCGAAAGAAUAGCGUUACUUCUACACUACACGCACAUAACUUGCGCAAUGUGGAUAGUCGCGUUAGGCACGGCUGUAGCUGAGUUUUGCACGUGCGAUACAUUGUUGCCAUUGAAGUAUAACUAUCUGCUGGCGUAUGGUGUCCCUGCUAUUGUUGUUAUGUUCAACUACGCAUUGUCUAUGGAACAAUACGAAAUAAAACACUACUGUUGGAUGUCGAUCGAAAAGGGCAUGGUGAUGGGAUUCAUGAUACCCGCAAUGAUAUUGAUUUUAAUCAACACGGCGAUCAUAAUUGUCGGCUUGCAAAGCGUCAAUCGGAAGCAGAAUGAGAUAAUAACAGCCAAGAUUCAAGAGUUAGUGGACCAGCACUUGGCGAAUUGGUCAAAGAGCGAGAACCCGGGCAGUUCGGAAACUUUAAACAACGAUUGUACUCCACUACCGAGUAGAAAAAAUACAGACAGUUCUGACACCUUGGACAGGGACUCUAACAGUAAUGACGAGGACAAUCCAUACAUUACUGUCACAAUGGGAGCUUCGAACAGCGAUGCUAAUAGUGAGGAAGGUAGAGAGAUGAAACGAAUUUCGGACAAGCAUUUGAUAAAUCUUUGGAAAUCAAUGGAGAAAUUGUCCUGGAAAAACGGCUGGAAUAUCGAAGGAAACGACCUGAAAGCCUAUUUGAACCUGUGUUUGAUCCUUGAACCAUUUUUCGCCAUCAACUGGGUAAUGGGAGUCGUUGCUAUUGAAAACGCCGCUCAUUGGUCAACGCCUACAAUUUAUCUUAUUCUUGUUUUAUCUAUGCACAUAUACCUGAUGGCUACAAUAUGCACAACAAUGCCUAUCGUACAGAAGAAAACCCCCACUCCGUGUGUUGAAGUAGCUACAGAGCCUACGAUAGUGCGAUCCAGGACAACAGACAGCAUCCCCCUUUUGGACCCCACCGUGCAACAACCUAACGUGACACCAGCGCCCGUUGACACUAUUAGUACUAUAAGCAUUUAAAUUUUAAAAUAAGAAUGUUUGAAUGACAGAAGGCAAUAAAAAAGAUUUUAUUGAUAUAUCGCUUGGAGGGUUUGCUAUAAAUGACUUAUACAAUCUUAUAAAAUUAUAAUAACAAUCUUGCAAAUUCUUGCGAAAAACACAUUAUACAAAUGAACAUAAAACCUCCUUCUUUUUGUUUUUGGAAGUCAUUUAAAAAAAACAUAUCUUUAGUUUAAAAGGAUUUUUGUAGAAAAAAUUACUCUUCGAUUUUGCUACAUUUUUUCUUUUUUUUUACUACGAAAUUGUUAAUAUAAUUAGUAGGUAUCCACAGAAAAGAAAGAAAUAAAUAAAAUGAUUGUAACUAUAAAUUUUGGCUGUUUGGUCAUGUAUGUCAUAGCAACAUUCUUCAACCCAAAAAGUGUCUUUACUGUAACCAUUUAAUAAAAUGAUAAAAAAAUAUACCUAGAUAUAUAUUUUAAAGAUAUGUUACAUACUAACUUGCUUAAUAAUGUGAUCUAGAAUUUUUAUAAAGUAAUUACUUCUCUAUAUCUAUAUUUCACUGCCUACUACGUAUAAUAUAUUAUUUUAGAAUACUUACACAAUUUAUAUCGACUUUCGUGAAAAAACACAAAAAAGCAUUUAGUUAUUUCAUUAUAUUGAUAUUUCUUUACAUAUUUAUAAAAUUACCAGUGUAAUUUACUGUGAUACUAAGUUUUUUUCAUUUAGAUACAGCAAAUACGGAAUUGUAAUUUUUCAUUGUGUGCAAAUGUUUAGUAUUAAAAUGUUUUAAAAUAUUCAUAAAUAGAACUAGCCUUUUACAAUAUGUUUUUACGUACCUUUUCGGAUGAAACUCAAUUUGCUUUUACCACCAAUCGCUGCACUUUAUUUAUUCUGUGUAAGGUAAUUCCUCUACUUUAAGCGUGGAGUGGCUUUUUGAAACAUAGAAAUGUAACGUUACUGUGCUUACUAUCCUUCUUAUUUAUGUUAUUUACUCUCUUUUAAUUAUAAUUGUUUUAUUAAAACCAUAACUAUUCAUUGAUAAGGCGUAUCUUUAAAAUUGGUGGUAAAACGGCAAUAAUCUAUCUAGUUUUUGAAAUAAUUAUAAAAAAAAACUUUGUUAAAUUUUACUAUCAAAUAUUGCCGCUUUUAAUACUUUAAAAUAUCUCACAUAUGAAAAGAAUAUGAUAUUUUCAGUUGAAGAUAAUAAAAAUAUUUAUUUGUGAUACUAUAAGAUAUUUUUAUCGUUUGAAAAUUACUCACUGUUUACAAAAGUAUUAGUGUGAAUCUUAAAUUAUAGAUUUAAAAAUCAAUUAAAUAGAUCUAGAAGUUUCAGGUUUUUUAAGAAUCAUUAGUUCUAGAAGAACACUAAUUGUUAAGAAAUUUUGAAUUAAAUUAUAAACUAAAUCACAAUUAUGAAAACUUGGGAUUGGGUGUAAAGUGUCUUAUUACCUAGAUUAUCUUUCAUUAAUUGUAUGCGGAUAAAGGAAUGAAUGUAUAUUGAAAAUUUAAAACUGGCAAUAUUAUUGAAUUAAACUAAAACGCCCCAAAUCUCUUAAUUUGAAAUUUAAUAGAAUUUAAUAUUAACUGUCAAAAUAUAUGUGUUACAGGAUUUCGAGUGUUAGAAAAAAAUAAACAAAAUUUUUGUUGCAAUUGCAACUAUUAAUUAUGGAUAAUCCAAUAAAACAUUACAUCUUGAUGAACGUACAUAUAAAAUUUUAAACAUUUGUUCCUAAAGUUUGUAUAUUCUAAGAAUUUGAUCUCAUUGUUGCAAAGGAAAUUUUA